AUGCCUUCAUUAGUACAUAAUACCAAACGUAAACGUUUGGAUGCUGUUUCGAUUUCGACCGGCGAACCGAUCGUAUCGACUUCGAUAUCACCGUCAUCAUCAUUGAAACCAUUUAAAUUACCAUUAUUUGAUUGUCUACCAUUUCAAUGUAAAUGUCAACAUUGUCACCAACAUCAACAACAGCCACAACAUUCGAUUCGAAUACCAACCAUACAAUCAACAUCAUUGAUAAUACCUAUGCCAACUAGUUCAACAUCACCGACCAUGACUGGUCAUCAUCAUCUUCAUCAUCAUUCUCAUCAUCAGAAAUCAACAUAUUGGCCACAACCACAAUCAUCAUCCACAUCGUCAUCAUCGGCUACAUCAACAGCAAUAUGGUUUAAUAAUCCAAAAAAAUUUUCAUCAACCGGUGGCGAUGGCCGUUCAACAUCACCAACGACAUCGACAACAACACCACCGGUUAUGAUGGGAAAAUGUUCACCACCAAUAUUGGAAUCGGCACGUAUGCCAAAUUAUAAGAAACAAAUUUUAUCCGCUGCAUUAAAACCACAACAACAACAACAAACGUAUGAACAACCUGUAAUGACAUCCGGUAUAGAUAUGAUAACACCCGGUAAAAAACGUAGCUAUUCCGAUUCUGAUGUACUAGUCGCUGAUUAUUUAACAAUGAAUGCAGCAGCUGUAGCCAAAAGUAAUACUGCCGCUUUAUCGUUAUCACAACAACAACAACUACAACAACAACAACAACAACAAGAACCAAUUCCAUUAAUUCGUACAGAAUCUGCAACAGCAGCAACUACAUCAGAAUUAUUGUUAAAAUAUUCAAAUUUAUUAUUAACAACAGUUACAGCAUCUUCAUCAUCAUCGGUACCACAAACAUCGCCAAAACAAACAAAAUAUUCGCCACAAAUAUUACCAUCAACAAUAUUAUCAUCACCGAUUAUAAUUGCUGGACAAUCUUUUAAAACACCAUCAACAACAACAACUACAACGACAACUACAGCCGAUAAUAUAAUCACUAGUACAACAUAUCAACGUCAUAUAAAAAAAUCAUUUAAAUCGAAAAGUUCUGAAGAUUUUUCAUCAACUUCAGCUACUUCGGAAAUUACUGCUGCUGCUGCUGCCGCUGGUGGUGGUGGUGGUGUUGGUGGUGGUAAAAGCUGUUCAUUAACCGAUCUAGUAAUUGAUAGUAGUAAUCUUGGUACAAUAACGAAUCGUUUAUCGACCAAAUCAUUUACUUGUACCAUUUGUAAUGAAACAUUUGGACAACAUGAUAGGCUUGCUAAACAUAUUGCAAGUAGACAUAAAAAUCGUCAACAAUGUGAUUCGGUGGCGAAAAAAUAUCUAUGUGAAAUUUGUCAUCGUUCAUUUGCACGUAGCGAUAUGUUAUCAAGACAUGGUCGUGUACAUACCGGUAUUAAACCAUAUGCAUGCGAUAUUUGUGAUCAAGCAUUUUCACGUUCCGAUCAUUUACAUACACAUUUGCGUACACAUUCUGGUGAAAAACCAUAUAGAUGUGAAUUUCGUAAUUGUGGUUAUGCUGCAUGUCGUCGUGAUAUGAUAUCUAGACAUAUGCGUACACAUUUUCGUUAUGAAAAUUCAACAACAACAACAACAACAACAACAUCGACAUCGACAUCGACAUCGACAACAAAUCAACAAUCAUCAUCAUCACCAUCAACUGGUGAUUUUUAAUAUAUAAUCAUUAAAAUUCAUAUCGAUAACCAGAAUCGGACCUCAAAAAUAUUGAAAUUACUGUCCACUGUCCAAACAUACUUUUUUUGUUUUUCAUUUUUUUUUACACUUACCACCAUCUUACCUAAUGCUGCACAACCAUGAACAACAGUGAUCUCUAAUUUCAUUUUUUCAAUUUUUUUUGCAUCUUACCUUUGUCUGUGUGUGUGUGUGUG